CACACCUGAUUGUUGCGAAUGUUGCUAAUUUCAUGAUCAUUUGACAAUCAUCUACGACCGUGACGACAAAAAUUUUUCAAUCACAAAGGAGCAAUCUUUUGUCUAUAUUCAAUACGGGGAUUAAAUCUCUAAAAUCAUUCAUAUGAACUAGUUAUUAACAUACGAAUCAUAUAUCAAUAUUUCUCUGUGUUAGUGCUCUAAAAGCUUGAAAUUAAAAUGUCAACUCCUGCCCGAAGACGCCUAAUGAGAGAUUUUAAACGUUUACAAGAAGAUCCACCUACCGGAGUGUCAGGGGCACCCACUGACAACAAUAUUAUGAUCUGGAAUGCUGUGAUAUUUGGACCUCAUGACACCCCAUUUGAAGAUGGAACCUUUAAGUUGACUAUAGAGUUCACUGAGGAGUAUCCCAAUAAACCCCCUACAGUUAGAUUUGUAUCAAAAAUGUUCCAUCCAAAUGUCUAUGCUGAUGGAGGGAUUUGUCUUGACAUUUUGCAAAACAGGUGGAGUCCAACAUAUGAUGUGUCCGCUAUUUUAACUUCCAUACAGUCAUUACUAAGUGAUCCAAACCCCAAUUCACCUGCAAAUUCAAUGGCAGCGCAACUAUACAAAGAAAACAGGAGGGAAUACGAAAAGCGGGUAAAAGCAUGUGUAGAACAAUCAUUUAUUGAUUAGCAGGGGACAGCCAGGAUCUCAGACAUCAGUGAUGUAUGCGUGACUGUGCUGCUGACAAUGCUGGCAAAUACCUCCAUGUAAAUUCAUUGGGACAAAUAUGUAAAUUAACUAUAUAGCCUCAUAAUAUAACUUUUUUAAGAUUAACCUCUUACAAAUCCAUAAUUUAGAAUACACAAUUAUACCGUUA